GGUAUUUAUUGUCUCGUCAUAUGAAGUCUCAUUCUAAAGAACGUCCUCAUAAGUGUACUGUUUGUGAACGUGGAUUCAAAACUCUAACUUCUUUGCAAAAUCAUGUUAAUACUCAUACUGGAACAAAACCAUAUCAAUGUCGAAGUUGUCCAAGUGCAUUUACUACAUCGGGAGAACUUGUUAGACAUGUUCGUUAUAAGCAUACUCAUGAAAAACCGCAUAAAUGUACAAUAUGCGAUUAUGCUAGUGUAGAACUUAGCAAAAUGAGAAACCACAUGAGAUGUCACACUGGUGAAAGACCGUACCAAUGUCCCCAUUGUACUUAUGCAAGUCCAGAUACAUUUAAAUUGAAGCGCCAUUUGCGUAUACACACUGGUGAGAAACCAUAUGAGUGUGAUAUUUGCUUUUCUAGGUUUACCCAAUCCAACAGUUUAAAAACACACAGACUAAUACAUAGCGGUGAAAAACCUGUAUUUAAAUGUGACCAUUGUCCAGCCACUUGUGGUCGAAAAACUGAUUUACGCAUUCAUGUACAAAAGCUUCAUACUUCCGACAAACCUAUUAAGUGCAAACGAUGUGGUGAUGCAUUCCCUGAUCGUUACCAAUACAAGGUUCACUGUAAAUCACACGAAGGGGAAAAAUGUUAUAAAUGUGAAUUGUGUCCUUAUGCUUCCAUGUCUCAGCGUCAUCUUGAAACUCAUAUGUUAAUACAUACAGAUGAAAAACCAUUCCAUUGUAAACUAUGUGAUCAGUCAUUCAGACAAAAACAAUUACUACGCCGCCAUCAUAAUCUGUAUCAUAAUCCGGCAUAUAUACCACCUCCACCACAUGCGAAAACUCAUCAGUGUAAUACAUGCCAACGAUCAUUUAGACAUAAAGGAAAUUUACUAAGACAUAUGGAAGUUCAUAUGCAAGAAUCCACUGGAAAUGAUCGAAAUACAGCAUUAAAACAAAGACUAGAGUAUACAGAUUCAGCUAAUGAAGAUGAAUCUGAAGAGGACACAAGUAUUCCAACAAGUGAAACUGGAGUUGUAGCAGUAGAAGGCGACGAUGGACAGCAAUAUGUUGUACUUGAAGUGAUUCAACUUGAUGGUCAAGAUCAGAUAGAUAGUUACACGUCUACAAGUGUAUCAAUACAACAAGCCGAUCAAUCU